UAUUAAACAUGACAGAAUCAAUGUGACAGAAAGGCAGAAUGAAGGUAAUGCUAGGCCACGGACCGUCUACCCCGAAUUGCUGAUCGGUGUCGACAGUACAUUUAGAGCGCAGUUCAGAUCUGAGCUCACGCUAAUAAUGUACAUGGUUAUUACAGUCAACGCGGCGAACGUGAGAUACCUGACCGUGUCAUCACCAAGAGUGAGGCUGAAGUUCCGCGCCAUUGAAAUAUUUACAGCCACAAUGGAAACUUUUCUGGAGCGAUCAGGAAGCUACGUACUUGGUAUUCGAUCACUGACGCUUAUCAAAGAAUACGUGAAAAACAAUCCUGAUAAAUAUGGAGAUUACGAUGGUGUAUACUUCGUGACCGGCCUGGACAUGGCGGACUACUCGUAUUUCGGUUGGAACGUCGGUCUCAUGGGAUACGCAUACAUUGGCGGCAUCUGCAGUGAACGAAAAGUUGGCUAUGGUGAAGACACCGUUGGAACAUUCAGGGGAGUUCGCACUUUGACUCACGAAGUGGGACAUCUGCUUGGAUGUCCGCACGACGGCACAUCAAGCGGUUCAUUUUCUGCAGCAAACUGCCCGUGGGACGACGCGUACAUUAUGAGCUACAAGGAAGUGGACAGUCGGAGCAUGAAGUUUUCCCAGUGCUGCAACCAAAUGAUCACUUUCAUGGCUUGGUCAUCGCAAGGUGUGUGUUUGCGAACGAGAACCACAAGGACAAGGAUAACGAAAAAGAACUUCACAAGCAUACUGCCAGGCGAUAUACUGACAAGGAACAAGGUGUGCGAAAUGACUUUCCCGCACGUUCAAGGCACCCAAUUUAUUCCGGACCACAAUGGUGACGAAAACUGCAUCGCCAGAUGUUUCAUGCCCAAAACAGUUUACGGGUACAACACUUCGUUGCCGGCUUUUCUACCUGAUAAUGCUCCUUGCAGAGAGAAUGGAGGGAGAAUAUGCCGAAAUGGUGACUGCGUGAAAAGAAGACUGAGGCGUCGGGCAUAUAGUCCCUACUAAUAUUAAUAAUAAUGGGGUUCAAUAUUGCGGAGCAUACUUGUUUCUGAAACCUCUGCAGCCCUGUGCGUAAAUUCGUAUGUUUUACUUUGCUCGUGGACGGUGCUAAUAAAAUGUA